GCGCGCGCCCCUCCCAUCCCCGUUCCUCCCGAGUCCCUCGCAAUGACUGGCGAACGGAGGUACAGCACGGAACACGUAUGCAGCAGCAGCAGCAUCUUUGCUCUGGCCGUGUGAAGAGAUUGCAGUGUCUGCUUCCGCAGCCGAAGUGUUUCUGGAGAUUAAAAAUUCACCGCCAGUCGACAGCUCUGAAUGCCGAACGCUACGUCAACAAACUGAUAGGUUUCCACGCCGUAAACAACCCAUCGUGCGUUUAAUUCGCUUGUACGGUUAGGCGAGCGCCGUCCGAGAGCAAAAAUGUUGGAUCCAUCCUCCAGCGAAGAGGAAUCGGACGGGAUAGUGGAGGAGGAAAGCCGAGAGGUGAUGGCUCCUCAGUCCGGUUCCUCUCGCAUCUCCCCCAGCAGGACCAGCGAGAGCUCCGAUAGGCUCCAGCCCGCCAGCCGAGGCUCCAGUGCGCGACCAUCCAGCCCGAGCCCGUCGGCCGCCAGCGAGCAGGAAAAGGAGGACGUGGAGAAACUGCAGCGGGAAGAAGAGGAACGAAAGAGGAAGCUGCAACUCUAUGUCUUUGUAAUGCGAUGCAUCGCCUAUCCCUUCAACGCCAAGCAGCCGACAGACAUGGCAAGGCGACAGCUGAAGAUCACCAAGCAGCAGCUGCAGACCACUAAGGACCGCUUCGAGUCUUUUCUCAAAGGAGACACACAGAUUGUGGCAGAUGAAGCCUUCAUCAAUGCAGUUCAGAGCUAUUUUGAGGUUUUUCUGAAGAGCGAUCGUGUUGCUAAGAUGGUCCAAACAGGAGGUUUAUCUGCUCUGGACUGUCGCGAGGUGUUCAAGCGCCAUAUCGAGAAACGUGUCCGGAGCCUGCCAGAGAUCGAUGGUCUGAGCAAGGAGACUGUGCUGAGCUCCUGGAUGGCUAAGUUUGACACCAUCUACCGUGGAGACGAGGACCCACGCAAGGCACAGCAGCGCAUGACAGCCAGCGCUGCUUCCGAGCUCAUCCUGAGCAAAGACCAGCUCUACGAGAUGUUCCAGCAGAUCCUGGGGAUCAAGAAAUUUGAGCACCAGCUGUUGUACCAGGCUUGCCAGUUGGAUAAUCUGGACGAGCAAGCAGCUCAGAUCAGGAGAGAACUGGAUGGGCGUCUGCAGAUGGCUGAUCAGAUUGCCCGGGCUGGCAAAUUCCCCAAGUUUGUGUCGAAGGAGAUGGAGGCUAUGUAUAUUGAGGAGCUGAAGAGCUCAGUCAACCAGCUGAUGGCUAACCUGGAGAGCAUGCCGGUUUCAAAGGGAGGAGAGUUCAAACUGCAGAAGCUAAAGAGGGGACACAACACCUCCAUCAUUGAUAUGGGCCAGGAAGAUGAAAACCAGCUAUCCAAGUCUGAUGUUGUGCUGUCUUUCACACUUGAGGUGGUGAUUAUGGAAGUUCAGGGGUUGAAGUCGCUGGCUCCCAACCGCAUUGUGUACUGCACAAUGGAGGUGGAAGGUGGAGAGAAGCUACAGACGGACCAGGCUGAGGCCUCCAAACCCACUUGGGGAACCCAAGGAGACUUCACCACCACACACCCUCUGCCAGCGGUCAAAGUGAAGCUCUUCACAGAGAGCACAGGGGUCUUGGCCCUCGAGGACAAGGAGCUGGGCCGGGUGGUUCUUCACCCAACUCCAAACAGCCCAAAGCAGGCAGAGCUCCACAAGAUGACUGUGACCAAGGCCUGCCCUGAUCAAGAUCUGAAGAUCAAACUUGCCGUGCGCAUGGACAAACCUCAGAACAUGAAAGCUUGUGGGUAUUUAUGGGCUGCUGGCAAAAACGUUUGGAAACGCUGGAAGAAGCGCUUCUUUGUCUUGGUCCAGGUGAGUCAGUAUACCUUUGCCGUUUGCAGCUAUCGAGAGAAGAAGUCAGAACCACAGGAGCUGCUGCAGUUAGAUGGCUAUACUGUGGACUACACUGACCCACAGCCAGGUCUGGAUGGAGGCCGGGCUUUCUUCAAUGCAGUGAAGGAGGGUGACACUGUGAUCUUUGCCAGUGAUGAUGAGCAGGACCGCAUCCUAUGGGUGCAGGCCAUGUAUCGAGCUACUGGCCAAUCACACAAACCUGUCCCGCCCACCCAGGUCCAGAAACUGAAUUCUAAGGGCGGAGCUGCGGCACAGAUGGAUGCCCCCAUCUCUCAGUUCUCUGGACUCAAGGAUGCUGACAGGGCACAGAAGCACGGCAUGGAUGAGUUUAUCUCAGCUAACCCAUGUAGCUUUGAUCAUGCCUUAUUGUUCAAGAUGGUGCAGAGGCUCACGUUGGACCACAGGCUAAAUGACAACUUUGCAUGUCUGGGAUGGUUUAGCCCGGGUCAGGUGUUUGUUCUGGAUGAAUAUUGCGCUCGGAAUGGGGUGAGAGGAUGCCACAGACAUCUGUAUUAUCUUGGUGACCUUCUGGAGAGGGCAGAUGCUGGGCACAUGAUCGACCCGACGCUGCUGCACUACAGCUUCGCGUUUUGUGCCUCGCAUGUUCAUGGCAACAGGCCUGAUGGUCUUGGAACAGUAACGGUGGAGGAAAAAGAACGCUUUGAGGAAAUCAAAGAGCGAUUACGUGUCCUUCUGGAGAAUCAGAUCACAAACUUUAGGUGUGUUCCCCGAACUAUACCUUUUCGGAUGUUGCUUAAGACAUCCCUUCACCAUAUUCAACCCUUGACCCCCUUUCCUCUGACCCCAAACUCUUGCAUGCCGGAAUCCUCUUUUUCUUUAGGAAAAAAGAGGGAAAUGUAUGAUCAUCCUAUCUACUCCUUGGCUACACAAGUGAUGGAUUUAACCAUCCAGAAUGUAGCUAACCUAGCUACGCCUGCUAAAAAACUGGAGCAUGUCAUCCGCCUGGCAGAGUUAGUCAUUGAGGUUCUACAUCAGAACCAGGACCAUCACGCCGAGGCUGCGGUCACAAGUACAGGAGACCAGUCGGGAAAAGAGGCCUUUGCAUGGUGGUCAGACCUGAUGGUGGAGCACGCCGAGAACUUCCUGUCACUCUAUGGAGUUGAUAUGGAUGCUGCUCUUGAGAUCCAGUCUCCCGAGAGCUGGGACAGUUUCCCACUCUUUCAGCUUCUAAACGAUUUCCUCCGUACCGACUAUCACCUUUGUAAUGGAAAGUUCCACAAACAUCUGCAGGACCUGUACGCCCCUCUUGUGGUGCGAUAUGUGGAUCUUAUGGAGUCCUCCAUCGCUCAGUCCAUUCACAGGGGAUUUGAGCGGGAGUCAUGGGAGCCUGUAAAGAGUUUAACAAGUAAUCUGCCCAAUGUGAAUCUACCAAAUGUGAACCUCCAAAUUCCCAAAGUACCAAAUCUUCCCGUGCCAGUAGCAGGACUAUCUGUUAACCUUCCACAAAUGCCUAGCUUUUCCACUCCGUCCUGGAUGGGUGCUAUAUAUGACUCUGACAAUGGCUCGGGAACAUCAGAAGAUCUGUUCUGGAAGUUGGAUGCCCUACAGACCUUCAUCAGGGACCUACAUUGGCCAGAAGAAGAGUUUGCCAAACAUCUGGAUAACCGUAUGAAGCUCAUGUCAAGUGACAUGAUUGAGACAAGUGUUAAACGCACCAGGGCAGCGUUUGAAUCUAAGCUGGCCAAAAGCAGCCGUUCCACAGAUUUCCGCAUCCCACUGUCCUUAUGCACCAUGUUCAAUGUGAUGGUGGAUGCCAAGGACCAGUCUGCUAAACUGUGUGCCAUGGAAAUGGGCCAGGAGAAACAGUACCACUCUCAGAUCGAUGAGCUUAUUGAAGAGAGUGUAAAAGACAUGAUUUCCCUUUUGGUGGCAAAGUUUGUGGUCAUUCUGGAGAGCAUACUUGCCAAGAUCUCCAGGUAUGAUGAGGGAACUCUCUUCUCCUCCUUCCUCUCCUUCACGGUGAAAGCAGCAUCAAAAUAUGUGGAUGUCCCUAAACCAGGGAUGGAUGUUGCAGAUGGCUAUGUGACCUUUGUUCGUCACUCUCAGGACAUUCUGAGAGAUAAGGUCAAUGAGGAGGUGUAUAUAGAGAGAUUAUUUGAUCAAUGGUAUACAGCCACUAUGAAUCUGCUGGCGACCUGGCUGACUGAACGCAUGGACCAACAGCUUCAUGUCUAUCAACUCAAAAUCCUCAUCAGGAUUGUAAAGAAGAAAUACAGAGAUUUUAGGCUGCAAGGCGUUCUUGACUCUACACUGAACAGCAAGGCAUACGAUACGGUACGGAACCGGCUGACCCUGGAGGAAGCCACUGCCUCUGUCAGAGAGGGGGGCAUGCAGGGCAUCUCGAUGAAGGACAGCGAUGAGGAAGACGAGGAGGACGAUUAGAGCAUCGAGCCAUCCGGUGCCACCCACCACCCUGAACCCAACCCGUCUAUCCAACCCUACCCUACCCCAACACUUUAAACUUAGCCUGAUAACGUAAGAUGCAUGUAUCAACUCUGAUUACCCAGUUAGCCACUCUAGGAUCUCCCCCCAUCAGCUCGAAUUCCCCACAAAAACAAAGCUAAAAAACAAUAAAAAUCAAAGAAUUGUACUAAAGAGUAAAAAGAACGUUGCAAAGACCAUAAUUGGCCAUUUAAGCUGUGUCAUAACAUAAUAAAGAACAACAAACUAGCACCAAUUUUUCAACUCGUUUAUUUGAGGAAUUUGUUUCUAUGUGUUCCUAAGCAAUAUGGAGUACCAUUUGUUUGAUAAUGUCGAGUGAGAUUAUUAGGUGUGUCCCUGUCCAAUGCGAUAACAUAUAUGGCGCUUCUUUGACGUACUCUUACAUACAUUAAUGGUACAUUGUUGUGAAGAUGAGUGUAUGGACCCUUUUCUUUGUCUUGUCUGUUUUUAAAGUGGAUGCCAACUGCUUCAAAACUAAAAAUGAACCUCUGUAUUUAAGUUCAAAACUGUUAACUGUAAAUGUCUUCUGUGUCUGCACAUUUCCAUUGUACAUUUUUCCUUAUUUGUGUCGUGGCUCUGUGGCCCUAUGUCGCAAAUAUCCAACUAGGCAUUGUCUCACAGGCAUCUUAAACUGAAAAUGAAUUGGUAUUCUAGAAAUGCAAUAUUGCCAUACCUCCAUUUUGAUAUCUCAUUGGAGACGUCUUUUAAUUAGAUGUCAGAAAUGACAACAAAAAACUGCUAUAUUUUUGGUUCAGUUUCACUUUUACAGAGGAUCUCUAUCUCUCUUUUUUAAGUUUGUAUGUCCAAUUAAAGUCAUUCUCUUUAUGUUAGAAGAUCUGUUGAAACUGCUAUGUGCCAUUUUUGGGGUCUCACUUGUUUUUGUAUAUAUCAUGCUGUACAUUGCAUUCUGAGCCAUUGCUGCAUGCCUGUGGGAUCCACCUUCUCCAAAAGCUUUUGUUGUUGUUGUUUUUCUGUGUCAAUUAGCUGGUGGAUUCAUUCUUGCGUUUGCCUUAUCAAAGCCAACAGUUGUAAUAUGCAAGAGCUGUGGCCUCUCAAUAAAGAUAACAUGAUGUACUAAUAUAGGCUUGCCUGUAGAUUUUGUUUCUUUGUCUUUAUUCAGAAUGUGGAUUC